GCGUGGGUGAUUGGGGUAUUAUAUAAAGCUAGUGUGUUUUUAUCGUAAGCAUUGCAGUAAGCGCACCGAAGGCGCCUGUAACACGCGCUCGCAUGGGGUAUUGGAGGAUUAUGAGAUUACGGCUCUGGGAAGGGGCAAGCAUGUGCCUUUGUCAUCCGCUGUCAUUUGCACACCGCCGCGCGCCACGCACUGGCUGCUGCUCCGUCUUCCCAUUCUCCAGCGCUGUUGUCACAAACGCGGUUUACGUGCGGCGUUGAGCGAUCGCGAGCUCGUUUCUCCUUCUCGCCUCUCGGUUAGGCUGUUCGCGUUCUUUCCCCCUUUUCAUCUUGGCAUUUUGCGGCGAGGUUGGAUUGUUACUUGGAACAAUAGCGAGUAACCCUCGUGCAUACAGCUGCUCACUUGAACCACAGAAGCGGAGAUAUCGCGUUUGGAUUCUGUAGUUGCAUGGUGUUUCGGGCGCGGAAGAGAAUCAACAAAUGCAGAAAAGGGAGAAAAGUUUCGGUAUACAAAUGCUCUCGGUCCAGCCGGACACCAAGCCGAAGGGCUGUGCUGGCUGCAACAGGAAGAUCAAAGACCGCUACCUGCUGAAGGCGCUGGACAAGUACUGGCACGAGGACUGCCUGAAGUGCGCCUGCUGCGACUGCCGGCUGGGCGAGGUGGGCUCCACCCUCUACACCAAGGCCAACCUCAUCCUGUGCAGGCGGGACUACCUACGGUUGUUUGGUGUGACGGGGAACUGUGCGGCCUGCAGCAAGCUCAUCCCAGCUUUCGAAAUGGUCAUGAGGGCCAAGGAGAACGUCUACCACCUCGACUGCUUCGCCUGUCAGCUCUGCAAUCAGAGGUUUUGUGUAGGAGACAAAUUCUUCCUGAAGAACAACAUGAUCCUGUGCCAGACGGACUAUGAGGAGGGUUUAAUGAAGGAGGGCUAUGCUCCCCAAGUCCGCUGAAGAGCCCCCCACUCUGCCUGCUGACACACACACACACACACACACACACUCUCACUCAUACUCACUCACACACACACACAUAAACACACUCACUCACUCAUACUCACUCACACACACUCACACACACACACAUAAACACACUCACUCACUCAUACUCACUCACACACUCAUACUCACUCUCACACACACACACUCACACACACACACAUAAACACACUCACUCACUCAUACUCACUCACACACACUCACACACACACACAUAAACACACUCACUCACUCAUACACACACACACACACACUCUCACUCAUACUCACUCACACACACACACAUAAACACACUCACUCACUCAUACUCACUCACACACACACACACACACACACACACUCAUACUCACUCACACACACCACACACACACUC